AAUGGCUGGUCACGUGAUUCUAUGAUCGCCGGCGAACUGUCACACGUGUGUAUAUUUGUCAAUUUGAAGACAAAUUAGAAAUUAUAUUCCCAAAGAACUUUAUGUACCUUUGCAAAUUACAACACCGAAGUCUGCGUGAGUGAUUGUAGUUCAAGGCUUUGUAGGUAACAGCCUAAAAAUGGGCAUUAAAGAUUUUCAGGAGUUCUUGGAAACUGAGUGUUCCAGUGCUUGUGUCUCAGUUGACUUGUUGAAAAUCUCACGAGCCUUUGUUCCUAAACGGCGGUCUAUUGCACGAGUUGGGCAGGUGGGAACAAGCGGACGGUUCUGUGUUGUUGUUGAUGCAGAAAGUUGUUUAGAUAGAUUAUAUGGUGGGUACUUCUCUGACUGGGUUUGUGGUGGACAAUGGAAUCGCAUGACUUCGUUUCUUGCAAACCUGGUGCAAGCUUGCCACAGUGCCAACAUGGAACUGGUUGUGUUUUUCAAUGGAGCCUUAGAAAAUCAAAAAAUCAACGAAUGGAUGUCACAGCAGCUAACUCAGCGGGACAAAGUCCGUUAUGUAUUAAGACAUAUUGCAAACAAAGGAACACCCCCUCCCAAAGUGUGGUGGAACCAGCCAGUCUAUCUAAAAGAAUCACUAAAAAUGGCCCUGAGACAGCUAGGAGUAACAAUUGCUUGUUCAAUGGAUGAUCAUCAUCAAGAAGUAAUCAGGUUUUGUCGUGAACAUAGUCUGCAGGGCAUUAUUGCCCAAGAAUCCAUUUAUACAAUCUUUGAUCCACCUAGAUACUUUUCAUCAAAUAAUCUGAAACUCACUUACAAAGGCUCAUUGGAAACCAAAGAAUACAUCAUGGAUGAAAUUGCAAAGUGUAUGAACUUGAAUCCAAAUAGAUUUUGCAUUUUUGCAGCACUUUUAGGUAAGAAUAAUAUUGAACUAGACCUACAUAAAAGACAGUGUCUAGGCCUGUUAUAUAUAUAUAGAUAAUGCAUAGCCAAUGCAUGUUUCAGUUUCAACAUUAAAAUUUAGGCGUUAGAGUAUGACUAGACCUAGGCCUAGACAUUUGUAAUUUGUUGUAUGGGCUAUAUAUUAUUAAUUAUUCUAUAUACACCAGGGUGGCCAGCUAUAAACAUGGGAUGAUUGGUUAUGUUAGUAAAAUCAAAUACGAAGUGUCUACACGUCCGUCGUGCCAGACAAAUAGUGCGGGAGAUAUACGUCUGGCGGGCAUGUCACGUGACCGCCGGACUAGUAAGCGUUAUUAUUCCGGCAGGUCAUGUGACAAGUGGUCGCCGGCAAAAUAGUUGCAUUGCAUUUGAUGUUCAGAUCCCUAGGUAAUAAAUAAAUGCUGAACAUGUUAAUAUAUUCAAAUGCUCUGAGAUUCAUAAAAUGUUUGACUGAAUAUUAAACUAGUCGGCCUAUAUACUAACUAGUAUUACUAUUACUAGUCUAUUUGAUUCGACUCUUCAAAGAAAAAUUUAAACAAAAUUUAAAAUAUGAACAAAAUAAAAUAAGACCAGUAGACUUCAAUAGACCUAUGUCAAUAAAGUUUAUUUCAGGAUUAGUAUUUAGUAUUGCAUGAGAAGUGGGCUAGGCUACCACUAUAUCUGCCCUAUAUUAAGAUGUAGGGUAUAUUUCUUUGUCAACUAUCGGCCUCCCGGCCUUAAACUUUAUUAUUUAUCACCCUCGCUAUUAUUUUUUUAGCAUUCGUUUUUUUUAUUACUGUAAUUCCCUCUCGGCAUUGCUUCCUUCCAGUAUGCAUUAUUACUUAACCCCCACUUCGUUUUGGUAAUAUACCCAAGUAUUUUUUCUAUUAUUUGUUUGCAAGGUACUCGGUAAAUUACUUGGUAUAGAAAUAGAUUUUAAAAUUAACAAUAGUUUUGAGUCAUUCGCGGUCACGUGACAAGGCUGACAGACAAAUAUCUCGCACCACUUUGUUAUGGCGGUCAUGUGAUUUGGUCGCCGGACAAAUAUCUAAAGUAUUCUUCCGGCAGUUAUGUGGCAUGGUUGCCGGACAGAUAGUGCGGGAGAUAUGUGUCCGGCCGCCAGACGUGUAGACACUGCCAAUAAAAGAUUUUUUUGUAUAGAUAAUAAUCUACAUUUAGGCAGGUUAAGACAAGAUAAUCUGUAGCCAAAUCCUACUUAUCGUUAUUUCAAGGCCUUAAACUAUAUUAUUAGAUAUAGUAGAGACAUCGAAGACAACGGACCUAUCAAUUCCACUCCAACUGCUCAGCAAGAUCAUGAGUGGUCUGGGAGUUUUUCCACAAAUCUAAGUGGGAGGGUCCCUGAAACUGUUUUUUAGGUUUAGGUUUAACUUUUGCUUAAAUCAUUUAUUUGUAUUUAGGUAUUUUUAAUUUUAUUUUCUUCUAGUUUAUUUGAUGUAAAUUGAUUAGAUAAAGAGCCUUCAUUUAAAAUGGAGUUGCGUCCCCUUGCUUGGGCGCAGGGAGUAGACAAGGCUGAAUAGGCUUUGACUGUAAAGGGUUAAGAAACCGGGUUGAAAAUAUAUACACUCCGGUAAUUUUUCAGUUAAAAUAAUUAAAAAGUACAUUUUUUGUUUAUUGGUUUUAAAUUUGCUACCAGCAUUCAGCAGUGAAUGGAUCGAGAAAUAUGAUUGGUUAGGGACCAUCUAUAAUUAGGCCUAUUUUACGUUUGCCCUGAGAAGGGAAGACAGUGGUGGUGUUUUAGAUCUUAGAUGUAUGGGUAUGCUGAAGGGGGGGGGGGUCCUGAAUAUUUAAGUCUAUAAAAUAACACCACCAAAUUUUCUUAAUGAUUGUGCUAGUGUUGAUGGUCCUAUUGUUGCUUUGUGUGUUUUCAUAAUUAACUCACUAGACAUGGCAACAGUAAUAUAAGCGUAGUCGCCUUAGUUAAUUUUAGUCAACCCUCGCUUUUGUUUUCUUGGGUGCUAUAAGACAUAAUUAGUUCAUUGACUCCAUAUGGUAUAAACCGCUGUGAGUACAGAAACGAAGAAUGCAUUCUCAACUGUUCAGUGCAGCAAGUUGGAGAGACAUUUUAAAGGAUGAGAGGGAUUUGAAAUCCAUUUUUAGAACGCACAAACCAACUGUACGAUUAAUAAUAGCUCAGUCCAACAGUCCUCUUCCUUUCACCCAUUUACAGCUUGUGAGAGCUAUCAGCCUAUAAUUAUAAAAUAUUGGCGGGAAAUAGGCUUAAUGGGUAUUAAUUGUUUUAUUUUCUGACUACAGAUUGCAAUAUAACGUUGGUCAUCUACUUUCAGAAAUGACCCUUUUUGACACCAGCUUAACACGAUCACACUAGACACAUGAAGAGAGUAGUUAUUGUUUACAUUGUAUAUACUGUAUGUUUAUUUAUUUACUAGUAAGAUGCUGUAUUGUAAGAUUUUGCAACAAUGUUUAAGCGUUUAGAAGUUCAAAAGUAAACAGGUUUGCAUUAGACCUAAUAAAUGGCAACUGAAGACAAAGUAAAUCAACAAAAACCCAUUUCCCAUUCAUUGCCCUGAUCCCUACUAAGGUUAAGCCAGCCUAAGUCUAAAGGGUCAUCCAUAAAUGAAGUCACAUCAAGAGGGUUUGUGCUCAUGAAUUUAUGAGGAUGUUUUAAUUUUGUAAGUGUUUCUAAAAUUUGUGAUGGGGGUGGGAGGGUUGUGUAAAAAUAGCAGAAAUAUGAAGAGAUGAUAAACUGAGUAAAAUAAAGUGCAGCCAAUUUUAUAAGGGAUUAAAAAACUUAAAAAGUUUUAUGCAUUUCAAAAGGUUAAUGCAAAUUCAUUGCAAGUAACUCUUAUUGCUUUCUUUGUUUAGGAAAUCACAUCCUUACAGAUGAAGAUCUUGUUCCAUUUAGAGAGCUAAUGCCUACUUCAGACACUGGCAAACCAAAGGUUAGUAAUCUGCAAUAUAAAUCUUAAACUUGAGAAAUUAUGAUAUACAGAGUAUUUUUUAAGGAGAUGAGGCAUUAAUUAAUUUUUCAUACUCUCAACCCUCAAAGACUAAUAAAGCAGAAAAAUCAUACAAUACAUAUAACUUCGUAAUUUGACUGUACCAGUAAAUAACAAUUUAUGGUAAAUAUAAUUUUACCCAAAUAAACAUUUUGGUGCGAAUCCUUUUAUAAUGUACACAAACAUUGUAUUUAAAUUGAAUAAAACUUAACCAUUUAUAAAUAGGUCAAACAAAUCAGCCAUUCUGGGGAUCAAAACAAACAACAUUCCCUGUAACCAGGUCAUUUUAAAAUCAACUUAGCCUACAAGGCAAUGAAAAUCUAAAGAGACAUUUACGGGUUAAAAUUUUGUUACAAGGUUCUGGCCAUGUUAAUUAUUGCUUCGAUUUGAAACUUUACAAUAAUUCUAAAUUUAGAGGAUGAGGAUCACAAUGAUUCAACCCAUUAAAAAUAUGUCACCAGACUAAGAUGGAACCCAAUUUCUGUUUUAAGGAUAAGGCAAACCGAGAGACAUUGCUUAAUAUUUAUUACUAUGAAUUUUAAUUUUCAGCAACUUUCAUUGUGUUAUUCAUAUUGCUUUGCAGCAAGAUCAUAACUUUCUAUUUUAACUCAUCAUUUUACCCUGUCCUAAGACAGUAAUUAUGCCUAUAAAAAUUAUUAAAUGGUAUAUUAACCUUUCCAGGAAAUAGUGGCACAAGGUAAGUUAAAGCUUGAAAUGAAAAUAAAGGACAAUCACCGGAUAACUUUUCAAGUAGAAACCUUCUUCAGAAGACAAGACAAAACAAGAAACAACAUAGAAUUAGAAAAAAAUUGAAAAUUGAAACCUAAGUGAGGAGCUCUCUGUGUUGCAGAAGUAAAUUGUAGUAGUAACGGAAGGGCUCUAUUAGAGACAGAAGUUAUAUUGUCCAAAACAUUUGUACUCUCACAGAGCACUUCAGUUUCUGCCAUAAUCAUAAUAUUGCAAUCCAACUGGGCAAAAUUUCACUUUAUUAAAUAUCUUCAUUCUAUAGUUAGAUAAGUUCAACAUUAGUUAUCCUUUUAGUUAAGACUUACAGGCCUCCAUUUUAUUUUUUAUUUAUUUUUUUCUCCUAGUGUGUUUCUAAAUUUUCUACUUUAAAUAAUGAGUGGGCAUUUCGUUAAACCUGGGAUUCUCUUUAAAUGAACAUGAAAUGAUGAAAAAUGUUUCCGGACCUCUGAAGUUUAUUGAUGAGGUUUGAGUCCUGAUUUUGUUCUUUUCUAUUGCUCAUUUGUCUGCAACAAUAUUUAAAACUAUUAAAAUAAAUUCUUAAUAACAGAAGUGCUCUAUUAGAGACAGAAGCUAGUUUUCCAUAACCAAAACAAUGGUAUUAUCACAACAAUUCCAUUUUUUCUAUUUCCUUCUCCGACACAAAGAGCUCCUGAAACUUAAGUUUUUAAUUAAAUUUUAAUACUUUGUUGUUCUAUGUUUUGUCUGUCUGCUGAAGAAGACUUUCUAGCCGAAACAUCUUCGUGAUUGACCUGUCUUUUCUUUCAUUUCAAGCCUUAUCAUUCCUAUUCCACUACUUCUUCAUCUACUUCUUUCACACAGCUGCAGUCCCUCAUAUAUUAACAAUUCAAAUUUCUUUUUUUAAGAGAAAUAGAGAAAAGGUUGAUGCUGAAUUAAUAAAGGCUACAUGUGAUUAUGUUAGGAAUUUACCUGCUGUUGACAACUUAGAAGUUGUUGGAGCUGAUGCUUUCAAGUAAGGACUACAUGUCUUGGGACUAUUAUACAGUAUGGCAAAGCCAUAAUUUAUUAUUUCUAUUACCCAUUGUAUGUACAUAUUUGUGUAAAGGGCUCUACUGGUUUGAAAUUUUCUGUCGGGUACUAGUUCCCAGUAUUUCAUAGUUUUUUCCUAAUUCAGAUACAAAUUUUUAUAACCUGGAUAUUUUCCAAUUGAAAAGCUUUUUAGUUUUACUUUGAGGGUUUUACUGAUUUGGAUUAUUUUGAUUUUUUUAGUGAAAAAAUAUAAUACCUGCAAAAAUAUCUAAAUUUAACUGAAUCACUAUAAAAUGUGCUUUAACUCUUUCCCUGCGGAACAAAGCACACUGCGUUCAUCCUCCGUUCUCAAAAGCACGGACAAACGCUCUGAAUUGUUUCAAUAUCAUGUUUGUUAUUUGCUAUUUCUCGGUUAAACUUUUAAAGAGCUAUUUUAAAAUAAGACUUUCACAUAGAAGAGUGGUACUUCGUUGUUUACAAGCAAAACCAAGGUUUAUUUGUUGUCAUUUGAAGCAUUAUUUUAAUGAUUUUCUUUGCUAUUUUUUUCUACUAUUGCUAUGGCUAUUCUAGGCCCUAGUAGGUGAGUACGUUUCCUAGACGAUUAACAUCUCAAAGAGCUUUGGAAUUGUUUUAUACUAUUUAUUUUGAUAGUGAAGAUAAUUUAUAUUUAGAUCCAGCAGAUGAUUCCGAUAGUAGUAGUUUUAGAGGAUUUGAGUUACAGAAGUGAAGUAUGCGUACAUCAUAGGAAUUGGAGAAAAAUGGUUUAGCAAAUAAUGAUUUCACAUUUUAUGAUUCUUUUCUGUAACUUAUUUAAUUUAAACUAAAGAAAUAAGUUAACAAACAAAUUCUUUUGAAUUAUCUUUCAUUUGAUACCAAGUUUAGUCUUAUGAAUAAAAACAUAAUAUUUUAAAUAUUUUUUUAAUAAACCCAAUCUCUCACUCUUUUUUUGCUCUUAAAAAAAUAAUGUACAUUUUUUCGAUAAAUUAUUUUCCGCAGUGAAAGAGUUGAAAAGGCCAUUGAUUAUCUAAAUAGGCAUUAUUUUUUAAGGUGUGGUUUCUGGUAAAAUUUAGUAAAAGUUUCAUUUAUAGUAUCUCAGAACAUAUAAAUAAUUAAACAUUAUUGAAUACUUAUUUAUUAGUGCAAAAUAUUUCAUUUUGGUUAGAUUAUGGAUUUUGAUUUCCAUCUCAAUCACCGCUUCCAGACAAUUAAUACUUGAUUCAAAGCUUUAAUCACUUCAAUUAUGAAGCAUAAAUAGUGAAAGACAGUUUUAAUUUGUGUGUUUUUGUGAUACUGUAAAAGUGGAUUUAUUGAUAGCUGAUUUAAUUUUUUUAAAUGUUUCAACCGUUAAAAGAGAUACUAAAUGAAAUAUAUUUUAUACAGUACCUACCCGUAACUUUACAGAUUGGCCAAAACAAAUAAAGCUGAUUUAGUGGAAAGGUUCAAACAGAGUGUACAUUACUUUGUGCAGGGGACUCAAGAUGGUUUUUUUAACCGUUUCCAGCAGCCAAGAGGUAAGACCUAGAAGUGCAUGGUAUGUCUUUUUAAAAUUAAUUCAACCUAUAAAAACUUAAGAAUAUCUUCUUAACCCAUUUGAAAUCUAUACGACUUUUAAUUCACAUUACAGUGUCGAAUUUUGCUGUAUAUUUGUAUAAUUCUUUUUUUUUUUAAAUAUUGGUGUUGCCAGUGUGGUGAAACUUUUAUAAAUUCAACCAAGUUAUCAUGGUGCAGACAAUUUGUAUUUUUUUUUUUCAUUGGAAACUGAAUUUGUAAAGCAUGUUCUUAAACUUUAUUCAAUUCUUAAAAGGUUAAUAUUCUUUAAUUAAGGUACUGGCAUUUCAAUGUAAAAUUAUAAAGUCUAUCAAAACUCAGUGUAGCAUUAUCUGGAAUUCCAAAAUCUUGAGAACAAGGUAGAAGACGUAAGCUUUUCCAAAUAGUUUUAUUAAACAAUACAUCUGUUAAAUAUCAGAAUAAAAUAUAUUUUUGAAAAUUUCAAGCUGUAUUUAAAAUUUUUAUUUAUGUUUAGUCUCUUUAUAUAAUUGAAUUAACAGGUUUACUAAAAAUAAUAUGAAACAAGAAAUGAUGAAAAGAAUCCGGACCACUGAAAUAAAUGCUGAAUUUUGAGUCCUGAUCUUGUUUUCAAAUCUAGAUUUCUAUAUUUAUUCAUCUUGAAACAUCUAAAAAUAUUACAUAAAAUGCUUAAUUUCUCUUACAUUACAUUUAUAUUUACUCGAUUAUUACUAUUCUUUAGAUUUAAUACCUUAAUUUAACAAAGGAAAAGCACAUUUUCAUUUAUUUUUUUUUAUUUUUAACCCAGUCCCUGCUACUGGACCCACUGUAUAUGGCAAUUCACCACUUUUGCCAAAUGUUAAUCAGGUAUGCCACAUUGUUUUGAAUAGCUAUUAUCCUGUAAAUAAUUGUUUUAUUUUAAAAGGUAUUAUCCGUGUUUUCAAAAUUGAUAAAUGAAUGUAACCAAGUACUGAUGAACUUUUUAAAAAAAAACUUUUUUAUUUUUUUAAAUUUUAAUCUAAAUUUAAGACAUUUAUGGAAUUUUAAAAUUUGCUUGGUCAUUUAAAAAUUAACACUGACUUCACGGUACACUUCACUCAUGUGAUUUCUUUUGUUUAACUCGCUAGGUUCCAGCCUAUGUAGAUCCACGAACUCAAGGUACAAUGCUUAAACUAUAACCCUUUUAAAAAAAACUUUUAGCAGAUUAUUUUUAUAAUUUAACUCUAUAUUUACCAAUCAAAAUUGAUUUCCAUACAACUUAUUUUUUACAAUUAUAUUGGUGCUAGUUACGCUUUAAAAAUAACUUUAUUAUGCUAAUAUUUAAAAAAAAAUUCAAAGCAAUAGAAGUUGCAAAUGUUGGCCAAGCUAGGAAUUGAACAAAUGUAAAACGCACAGCAUUAAAGUACUCCACAAAUACAAUAUUACAAGUGACAUGAUUAUUACUCCAUUUAUUAAUUUUUAAUUGUAAGUCUUCUCUGUUUUAACAAGAUUUUGCAAUUUUAUAAAUGUUUCUUAUUUUUAUGGUUUUUAGGAAAUGCCAUGGGAGAUGCUCAGAAUAAGGUAUGCUGAUGGUGGAUCAGUUGUUACUUUUCUUUUUCUCCUAUCUUAAAAGUUUGUAGAAAAUGGUAGAAUUUUAGCUAUGUUUAAAUUCUUAUAUUUAAUGUAAAGAGAACUUUAUUGAAAGCUAAAUAUUUUUAGCUAUAUAUUUAUGUUCAAAAAUUAAUAUAAAUUUAGCUUUUAUUGGCAUGCCAUUAACAACCUAGAAAGGAAAACUGCAUUUAGUAUCUAUAUAUUUGUCAAUUUGUUUAUAUUUAAGCGAAACCUUGGGCUGCCUCAAGUUACUAAUGAGAUUCUCCGUGUAGCAAUAGACAGACAUCAGAAAGGUCUGAUGCAUCCCCACAUCUACCAAGUUUUAACUCAGGUAAAAAAAAAUAAUUUUUUUGUGCUUGUCUUGCCUUUUAAACUAUAGUAAAUAUAAUUAGGGCACAAUCACAAGCUCCCAUUUAGCUCAGACUUUUCUAGACCAACUAAAUUGGAUUGAUAUUCAAUCCCUUGAUCAGGGAUUUCAACAAUCCACUCCCCAAGUUUCUUCUUCUUUCGCCUCUUCGGCCUUAAGGAACAGCAGCCGAUCUUCGACAUUUGUGACGCCGCUUACAAGAGUCCUCCAGGCAUCACGAUCCUGAGCCAAUCUCUCCAGCUUCCCCCAAGUGUGGCCAAGUUUGUUGGUAUCUUCUUCCACUUCACGGCGCCAAGUGUUCCUCAGCCUGCUUCUUUUCCGUUUUCCUUGAGGGUUCCAGUUCAGGGCUUGUCUAGUUAUGCUGGAGGCAGGUUUUCUGAGUGUAUGACCGAUCCAUGUCCAUCUUCUCUGGAGGAUCUUUUGUUCUACCGGUUUCUGCUUUGUCCGCUGCCACAGUUUCUGGUUCCUGAUUCUGUCAGGCCAGUGAAUCCCGAGAAUCCUUCUUAGGAAGUUACUGAUGGACUAGAUUCUCUUUAUAUUCACAGCAGUGGUUCUCCAUGUCUCUGCACCAUAUAGUAGAACAGAUUUCACCAUGGUGUUGCUGCCAGUGCCUUUUCAACCCAUAUUUUGACAUCAGCACCCGGCCUACCUUGCUUGUCCACGAUGCUAGAUGCUACCAAGAUAGACAAAGCUCUCCACCUCUUCGAGCCUGAUGGGUGCUGUAUUGGUGGCAUCGACCUUGAGAACUUAGCUCUUCACUUUGUGUAUAUUAAGACCAAUACAUGCAGAAGUGGCUGCAAUAGUUCUGGUUUUCUCCUUCAUCUGUUGUUGGGUAUGGUAGAGAAGGGCAAGAUCAUCAGCAAAAUCGAGGUCGUGAAGCUGGUCCCACAAGGUCCAUUGUAUACCAUUCCGCUUUUGCUGUGUGUAUGUUUUCAUCACCCAGUCAAUGGCCAAUAGAAACAGGAAAGGUAAAAGCAAACACCUUGCCUCACACCGGCCUUCACCUAGAAAGCACCUGUUGUCUGUGGACAACUCGGCAGGUCAUUCCUUCAUAGGAGUUCCUGAUUAAGUCCGUAAUUUUCCGCGACACCCCAUAAUGUCUCAACAGUCUCCAGAGAGAUUGCCUAUCCCCACUGUCCAAGGCUUUCUCGUAGUCAACGAAGUUGAUGUAGAGAGGCGAGUUCCAUUCUUGUGAUUGCUCUAGGAUAAUGCGUAGUGUUGCAAUUUGGUCUUUACAGGAUCUGUUGGUACGGAAGCCAGCUUGUUGGUCUCGCAGCAAGGGUCAACAGCAAACCUGUUUACGCUUACGAUUUUGGCGUACAAUGUACGAUUCUUAGAUGUCUUUUACGAUUGUACGCCAAGACCCUCCAAAACUACGAUUUUCAGAGACCCGGGGAUUUAAAAAAAUUAAUAAAUUUUCGGUUUUGGACGUUUUAGCCCUCUCUAAUGAAGUAGGUAUUCUAAAUGAGCUGGCGAAAUUUACGCUGCGGGGAUAAAAAAAAUUUUUUUUUGGUUGGGUCGCGCCAUCUCGUUGCGAUAAUGUAUCGUUAUACCUGUGCGUUCAGUAACAACUGAUCUAGAAAGUAGAAAAGUAGUUCUUUAAUAUUAUGUAUUUUUUGGAGCUGUAAACUGUAAAUUAAUGCUAAAUAACGUUGAUUUUAACACAAAAAUUGCGUUUUCUAUGUGAAAAAAUCACUUUACGGCCCUCAAAAAUAUAUAUUUAGAAAGGUCAUCCAAUUUACUAUAAAAUUGUUAUAAUUCCACGAACGCCCCUUAUACGAUAUCAGUGCGCAAACGCUUGGAACCAAGUCAACGCCGUCUGCUAAAAAAAGGUCCAAGUCGACCCCGCCACGGCAAACUCCGAUCGGUCAAAGCAGAAUGCGAUGACAAAUUUUAUCUACGAUCUUCUUAAAUUUAGUGCCUUUUCAUGGAUUUUAAACUGAAAUAGGUAAGUUAAAACAUUAUUGUUUCGUUUGGGAAUGUUUAAAUUAUAUAGAAAGCUUAUUAUUUCAUAUAUUUGUUAAUUUAGUGUGGGCUUAUCGAUAACUAAUGCGUGUUUCUUACGCCUAGUGAAAAAUGAAGAUCAAGCUUUAUUUGAAAAUCAUCUGUAUUUAUUUUACGAUAGCGGAGAAAAAAAAGGAAACUAUAAUUAGUUCAAUGAAAUGUUUAAAUAUUUAAUGAUGUUUAUUUUGUAGCUAUGCAAUUUGUUUGGAAACUGCAGUAAAUCAUUGAACUCGGAUAAUAUAGUCGAUUCGAGCGAAGCAUUCAUGUUGGGUCGAAGCAUUAUUGUCGCGAGGGUGAACGGGAUGCUUUAAUUUUAGUGGAGUUCAUUUUUAAACUAGAAAUUCGAUAACUAAUCCAUUUUAUCAAUUAAGUUAUAUGGUAUGAUCCAUUAGAAAGUGUUGCAACGUUAAUUAUUAUUCUUUUUCUAAGUUAUAAAGCUAGUUUAUGGAGUUCAUUUUUAAACUAGAAAUUCGAUAACUAAUCCAUUUUAUCAAUUAAGUUAUAUGGUAUGAUCCAUUAGAAAGUGUUGCAACGUUAAUUAUUAUUCUUUUUCUAAGUUAUAAAGCUAGUUUUAAAAAUUAGUUACCGGUACCUAGUGUUUCACCCCCUUUCGUAAAUGUCCGAUUCCAAAAUUAACCUUACUCAAAACUUUGCUUUGCUUUACUAUUGUUAUAAAUGAUAUACGGUGUAUCAUAGUGUAUGCAUAUUUAUUUGGAAAAUAGGAGGCAGAUAAAAUCUUGUAAACUUUUGUGUUUUAAUUUUAUCAUUUCAUAUUUCAGUGGAUGAAACUGAAAACAUCUUAAGACCUUGAGACAGAUACCAUUACAAAAGAACGAGAUGACUCGGACCACUUCCAAAACAGAAUGUCAGUAUUGUCAUCAGUCAUCAGUACAGGUUAGUAGUACCGCUUGUAAUACUUGUAAUAUUAGUUUUAUGUGCAUUUUGUUAUUAUACUGAUAGUAAUGACAUGAUCAUAAAUGCUAAGUUGAUGGCUAUUACUAAUAACUUUUAAAAAUACAUAUAUAAUAUUAACGUUUUUUCAGGUGCUGGAAAUUAUAAAUUUUCAGUGCAAAAAUACUAUACAAAAAUAAUAUUUCUUGAGCAGAAUUUUGUUUCCUAAACUUCAGCCUGUUGCUUUAUUAUUAAAAAGAUUAACAUUUUCUACAAUACUGUGUAAAAUUUGUUAAGAUAUCUUGCCUCGUUAAUUUUUUAUGAAUUUUUAAAAAUCGAUGAAAUUCUUAGCUUUUGUGUACAUGCCUUGCUGAAAUAAUUUAUGUAAAUUCUUUUUUUGGUUUCACCAUAUGCCUGAUGAUUUCACACUGUUGUGCUUUAAAUUACCUUUUACUUGACUCCUGCAUAUUUACAAUAGCUUGAUUAAUUGAUUUUUUAUGAUUUUUUGAAAAUGAACUAAAAUUAGGUAUUCUAAAUGAAAAUUUCAUAAUGAAAUUAAAUAAAAUUGAACUAUUCCCCUAAAUAGAGCUUGGCUUCAUGAGAACAGAACCACAAAAUUUAACUCUCUAUCUCCAAAAUUAAAAAAGUUAUUCAUUUUUUAAAAAUCAAGAACAGGCUCAAUUUUUAGACGCCAGGAAAGUGUAGUUUUGACACCCACUAUCUUCUAAAAUAACUAAGUUAGAACUUUCAAAUCUCUUGCACAUAUAACCAGUUAUACAUAUAACAAACUCAAUUUUUUUCAGGGUUGUCACGAAAAUAUAAAUACAAUUUUUAUUCAUUCAAAAUUGAGCCGAAGCUCAAUUUUACAAAAUAUUAAAAGGGAGACAAAAAGUCAAUUUUAGUUCAUUUUCAAAAAAUCAUAAAAAAUCAAUUAAUCAAGCUAUUGUAAAUAUGCAGGAGUCAAGUAAAAGGUAAUUUAAAGCACAACAGUGUGAAAUCAUCAGGCAUAUGGUGAAACCAAAAAAAGAAUUUACAUAAAUUAUUUCAGCAAGGCAUGUACACAAAAGCUAAGAAUUUCAUCGAUUUUUAAAAAUUCAUAAAAAAUUAACGAGGCAAGAUAUCUUAACAAAUUUUACACAGUAUUGUAGAAAAUGUUAAUCUUUUUAAUAAUAAAGCAACAGGCUGAAGUUUAGGAAACAAAAUUCUGCUCAAGAAAUAUUAUUUUUGUAUAGUAUUUUUGCACUGAAAAUUUAUAAUUUCCAGCACCUGAAAAAACGUUAAUAUUAUAUAUGUAUUUUUAAAAGUUAUCGAAAAUUUGUGGGAAAAAUUAUUAACUAUGAAUUAGUAUUGAAAGUCAAUUUGAUGCCUUUAUUUGCAUGUCUGUGUGGGUCUUGAGACACUUCCCUACACUGGUUUAAUGACUAAUUUCCGUACACCAACAACCUGUGAAGAGAAUAUUUUAUUUUAUUUGCAUUAAUUAAAUUGUAUUUAUAAUAUUAUUGUUAGUAAUAGCCAUCAACUUAGCAUUUAUGAUCAUGUCAUUACUAUCAGUAUAAUAACAAAAUGCACAUAAAACUAAUAUUACAAGUAUUACAAGCGGUACUACUAACCUGUACUGAUGACUGAUGACAAUACUGACAUUCUGUUUUGGAAGUGGUCCGAGUCAUCUCGUUCUUUUGUAAUGGUAUCUGUCUCAAGGUCUUAAGAUGUUUUCAGUUUCAUCCACUGAAAUAUGAAAUGAUAAAAUUAAAACACAAAAGUUUACAAGAUUUUAUCUGCCUCCUAUUUUCCAAAUAAAUAUGCAUACACUAUGAUACACCGUAUAUCAUUUAUAACAAUAGUAAAGCAAAGCAAAGUUUUGAGUAAGGUUAAUUUUGGAAUCGGACAUUUACGAAAGGGGGUGAAACACUAGGUACCGGUAACUAAUUUUUAAAACUAGCUUUAUAACUUAGAAAAAGAAUAAUAAUUAACGUUGCAACACUUUCUAAUGGAUCAUACCAUAUAACUUAAUUGAUAAAAUGGAUUAGUUAUCGAAUUUCUAGUUUAAAAAUGAACUCCACUAAAAUUAAAGCAUCCCGUUCACCCUCGCGACAAUAAUGCUUCGACCCAACAUGAAUGCUUCGCUCGAAUCGACUAUAUUAUCCGAGUUCAAUGAUUUACUGCAGUUUCCAAACAAAUUGCAUAGCUACAAAAUAAACAUCAUUAAAUAUUUAAACAUUUCAUUGAACUAAUUAUAGUUUCCUUUUUUUUCUCCGCUAUCGUAAAAUAAAUACAGAUGAUUUUCAAAUAAAGCUUGAUCUUCAUUUUUCACUAGGCGUAAGAAACACGCAUUAGUUAUCGAUAAGCCCACACUAAAUUAACAAAUAUAUGAAAUAAUAAGCUUUCUAUAUAAUUUAAACAUUCCCAAACGAAACAAUAAUGUUUUAACUUACCUAUUUCAGUUUAAAAUCCAUGAAAAGGCACUAAAUUUAAGAAGAUCGUAGAUAAAAUUUGUCAUCGCAUUCUGCUUUGACCGAUCGGAGUUUGCCGUGGCGGGGUCGACUUGGACCUUUUUUUAGCAGACGGCGUUGACUUGGUUCCAAGCGUUUGCGCACUGAUAUCGUAUAAGGGGCGUUCGUGGAAUUAUAACAAUUUUAUAGUAAAUUGGAUGACCUUUCUAAAUAUAUAUUUUUGAGGGCCGUAAAGUGAUUUUUUCACAUAGAAAACGCAAUUUUUGUGUUAAAAUCAACGUUAUUUAGCAUUAAUUUACAGUUUACAGCUCCAAAAAAUACAUAAUAUUAAAGAACUACUUUUCUACUUUCUAGAUCAGUUGUUACUGAACGCACAGGUAUAACGAUACAUUAUCGCAACGAGAUGGCGCGACCCAACCAAAAAAAAAAUUUUUUUCUCCCCGCAGCGUAAAUUUCGCCAGCUCAUUUAGAAUACCUACUAAAAUUGACUUUUUGUCUCCCUUUUAAUAUUUUGUAAAAUUGGGCUUCGGCUCAAUUUUGAAUGAAUAAAAAUUGUAUUUAUAUUUUCGUGACAACCCUGAAAAAAAUUGAGUUUGUUAUAUGUAUAACUGGUUGUAUGUGCAAGAGAUUUGAAAGUUCUAACUUCGUUAUUUUAGAAGAUAGUGGGUGUCAAAACUACACUUUCCUGGCGUCUAAAAAUUGAGCCUGUUCUUGAUUUUUAAAAAAUGAAUAACUUUUUUAAUUUUGGAGAUAGAGAGUUAAAUUUUGUGGUUCUGUUCUCAUGAAGCCAAGCUCUAUUUAGGGGAAUAGUUCAAUUUUAUUUAAUUUCAUUAUGAAAUUUUCAUUUAGAAUACCUAAGUGAAGAUCUGGCAGUGAAUAUGAACGAGAAAAACGAUUGGUUGUAUUUUUUUUUUAAAGUUGGGACCAUCCUUAUUAUAUUUCGAAAGCACUCAUGGGGAGGUGGGGUUGUUGAUUACGGAAAUUGUGGCAUACGAGACACGCAUGGGUAGGGGAUUGGUGGGAGUGUCAAAGGUUAUAAAUAAAUAACCGCGACGCAUCGUAUUGAUGGAUUUGAUGGUGAUUGUCGUAUUGCUGCUUUGUGUGUCACAGUCACAGGGAACUAGCUAGCUGCGUCAAAAGUAAUAUUUAAACUUGUCGCCCUAGCGACAACUUCACUCACCAUCGCCUUUGACUGCUACCAAGCGUGUGGCGUAGUUUUGUUACAUAAUUAUUUUGUUCCUCAGAACCGCGGCGAUUGUAAAAAUAGAGAUGGAGCGUUGGAUUUUGGCAUACUGGUAUUUUCUAAGAUCCAGUCAGCGACAUUUACAAAAUACUUUUAUAACUCGCAAAUCAGCUCUAAGCCUUCAACGAUUUUAAUACAACAGUUUGGUAUCACUACCAGGGUUUCUUUCAGCUAUAUCUCGGGGGGGGGGGGGGGGGUUCUGGGCGAUCUGAGUGCUGCUCUGUCAGCCGGCCACAAACGGGUUUGACUCCCAAAAACAUGGUUCUUGGCAGGUUCUUGAAAAAAAAAUUUGUCUCUCAAACAAAUUUUAAUUGCCCUGCUGGUGUUUUUAUUUUGUUGCUCUUUUGACUUAUGAGUUUGCCCACUAAAGCGUGUUAGCGGAACAAAUCAAGCUCCUUUUGGGUAGGCGACGGCACAGUUUUUUUCCCCGUAAUGAGGGUGGGGGGUGGUUGGAAACAAUUAUGUCACAGCACGGAAAGACGUGUUGGCACCAUAUUACUGCUAUAGUGAUUUCUUUAUUAAAACACAAAGCAUUAGUAUACGAUAACUGCGAAACAUUGUGAUGAUGUUUUAUAGCCUUAAUAAUAAUAAUUAAUAAUGGGCCUAAUUGGAAUUCAUGACCUUCACAUAUUAUCAGGUGACAGUUGGCUCCAUAAGAGACUGUCAGGAUAAUCAUUGAAGAAAUCAUGCAUAAAUGUAGGUGCAUUCUGGGCCCCUUCCCAUCAAAGCUGCCAUGCGCAUCUUCAGCGUGUACGUAGUAGUUGGAUAGCUUUACGUUGACAAGGUGGGGAGGGAGGUUAUGAAUAUUUUUUACAUUUUAUUUUGCCUACCGAGUAUGUUAUAUAUGGAUGUCCCAUUGUCCAAACAGCCCUGGCAUACGAAGUGGGGUUACAUAGACGGAUGUGCACAUUGCGGUAUUUUAAUGUCACUAACUUCGUUACCGUAGUUCAGUAUGAACAAUACAUUAGGAUAUGGCAUCAACAAAAUGAAAAGCAUGCGAAACCGAUGAUGAAGAAGUAACUUCAACUUAACAUCAGAUUUAGUAAAAGAAAGUUUAUUAGCUGAUAUCCCAUCUUGAAUAUCAGACAAAAUUGACUGGGUUGCGUUCUUCAAAUAAGGGUCCGUCAUACGCAAACAGCACAGUCGGACUUUUCAUUAGCAAUCAAUCGGAGAUAAAAGAAGUGGUGUUGAUUUGAGAGAUUGUGUGCAUGGAGCCGGUCUAAGUAUUUCAAUUUAUAUACUCAACACCGCCAAAUUUUCGUAAUGACAGUUCGGGUGUGCGUGUGGGGGGGGGGGGGGGUCCUCGGCACAAGGUAUGUGCGUUAUUUAAAAGGGGGGGUGUCCUCGGCACAAGGUAUGUGCGUUAUUUAAAAAAUUCUGCAACAUUCAUCCCGAAACUCUGAAAGUCCAAAAAUAACAUUUAUAUCUCGAAUGGUUUAAAAUACCAGCCAAUGUGUAGUAGGAAUUAUAGUCGUGAUGUUGUAAAGGGGGUAUUUUCACAAAUCAACUGGCUAGCUAUACUCAAUAGUAGAAGAAUUACAGUACGGUGUUAAGUUUACCGAAUGUUUUUUUUGGGCUACGCCAGUGGUUCUAAAAUAUUUGUUUUCCGGCGCCUGUGCAAUAUUAGGUUUUCACCAGGCGCCUUGUGUGACAUUCUAACAAGUGCAUUUGGACAUAGCGAAUUCCAAAAUAAAACAAAGGGUGGGAUAAAAAUAAAUAUAACACAUAUGUAGGUCACUGAGCGCCAUCUGUAGCUACAAACAGUAGAUACUCAACUGGGUAACUGGACCGAAAGAUGUCACAUUGGAUUAAAAGUGAAAAUAAAAUUAUGAAAUUUUAAAAAUAUUUUGCAACGCGCCUGCGAGGAAGCCGCAGCAGCCCAUUUAGAAAAUUUUCACCCCCCAUUUAAAAGGACAAUUUAUUGCGCCCUUAAUCUUGUGUAAAUGUUUUUUUAUAGUUGAAUUGAUUGUUUAAGUUCCUUUCUAUAGACGAUUUUGACGUGGUUGCUCUACAUUAUAUUCUCAUGGUCCUGCCCAAAGGCAGCGAACACCCAGGGCGAUGUAGUCCGAUGUAGUCCGAUGUAGCAUAUAUUCUGUGAACCACUGGGCUGGACGAAUCACCAGUGGUGAAAACCCGUGUCACAUUUUGUUUACUGUAACAUAACAUGUAAUGGACUUUGCCAAUUUUUUAUUAUUGUAAUUGAGGGAAAAGAGGGGGGGGUCGUAAAAACUUCUGCGUGCAAUGGAAAGGGGGGGAGUUACAUAAUUAGACUUUAUUGCGUUACUGUAGUUUUAUUUAUUUACUAUUGAGAUAUUGUAUUGUACGAUUUUGAGACCAGAUUGUAUGAUUUUAGGGGUUUGAGGGUAAACAGGUCUGCAACAGCGUCUUUCAUUUUGUUGAGUAGUACGCGGUUGAAAACCUUGCCUGGGAUGGACAGUAAGGUGAUCCCUCUAUAGCUGGAGCAGGAGCUUAAGUCCCCCUUCUUUUGGGAUUUUAAUGAGGUAUCCCUCCUUCCACUCAGAAGGUGCCUGUUCUUCCUCCCAGAUCUUCAUGAGCAGAGGGUUUAGCAUCUCUACACUAGUGUUCACGCCAGUCUUCAGUGUCUCUGCUGGGAUGCCAUCCGGUCCUGCAUCCUUGCCAUUUCUAAGUUGUUUGAUGGCAAUAAGGAUCUCUUCUUUGGUGGGUGUGUUGCAGUCAAUAACCAGGUCUCUGUCAGCUGGCUGGAUAUCUGCUGGGUUACUUGGCUCUGGCCGAUUAAGCAGUUCCUCGAAGUGCUCUUUUCAUCUGCUUCUCUGUUGCUCCUCAUUUGGUAUGUUCUUACCAUCUUUGUCCUUCACUGGUCUCUCUGGCUUCCUGAACUUCCUGGACAAAUUCUUGAUGGUAGCGAACAAUUCCCGCAUAUUCCCCUGGUAUGUUGCUUCUUCUGCUUCUUUGGCAAGCAUUGCUACAAAUUUCCUUUUUCCAUCUUAGUGCUUUUCUUUACUGUCCUAUUUGCCUCUGAGUACUCUUUUUGUGGAACCUAGCUUUCUGCCCUCAUGUACGGCUGUUGUUAAUUUCUGCCUUCUUCCCUUUUCUCUCUUCUAUCACCUUCAAUGUCUCUGCUGUUGUCCAUUCUUUGUGUGUGUAUGUUUCCUGUUUCCCAACACUUCCUGACAUGUUGAUUUGACUGCUUUCUUCACUCCCUGGCACUUUCCAUCAAUCGUCUUGUCUCCUAGCAGUUCGAGUAGGACUUGGAGCUUGUUGGAUAGAGUGAUCUUGAACUCUUCCUGUUUGGCCUUAUCUUUCAGGAGGGGGAUGUUGUAGUGCAAGCCAUAUGUUGUCUGCUCAGUGUAAUGCCUUUUCAGUUUUAGUCUCGGGCCACUAGGAGGUGGUGGUUUGAGGCAAUGUCAGCCCCUGUUCUGACACGUACAUCUUGGAGAAAUCGCCUGAAUUUUUCCCCAAUACACACAUGAUCAAUUUGGUUCAUCGUUUGGAGGUCCGGUGAAACCCAUGUGGCCUUGUGUAUCCUCCUGUAAUGGAAGAAGCUCCCGCCUAUGACUAGAUUUGUUGUGGCACAUAGGUCAGCAAAUCUUUCUUUGUUGUCAUUCAUCUCUCCUAUCCCCUGUCGUCCCAUGGCUUCUUCGUAACCUGUGUUGUCACUGCCGAUCUUGGCAUUGAGGUCUCCCAUGAGAGUGACAAUGUUGCGCCUAGGGCGACCCUGGACAAUGGUCAGUAAUCUGUUAUAGAAUUCAUCUUUGUCCUCCUCCUCACUUUCGAUUGUUGGUGCGUAGCAUUGGAUAGCAUCUAAAUUGAUUCUGUGUUUUUUUGGUCUGAAAAGUUGCUGUGAGGAUUCUAGGUCCAUGCACCUCCCAUCCAAUGAGUGCUCCUCGGGCUGUCCUAUAUAUCAUCAGGGCCACACCCAGAGUGUGUGGUGCAUUGUCGUCCUCGUGACCUGAGAAUAACAGCAUCUCUUCUGAGACUUAUCUCUUCUGUCCGCAACCGGUCCAUCUUGCUUCACUGAUUCCUAGUGUGGGGAAGUUAUAGUUCCUCAUCUCAGUGGCUACUUGUGCAGUCUUUCCUGUCUCAUUCAUGGUGCUUACAUUCCAUGUUCCAAUGGCGGUGGUGGUGGUGGUCCUGGUGGAGAUGAUGGUCGUUGGCUUAAAAGUUUCCAGAUUUUGGCUUUCACUACUUGGCGUCAUGCAUUCCUCAGCUGGGAAUCUAUCCUCUCUCAGGACGGGCAUGUCUUUUGUUGCUCUUGUCUGCGUUUUUGUAUCAAAGGAUUUUUACGUGGCAGAGUUGUAAGCCCUGCGCACAACCAUCUGGGGGGCUCACCAUUGCCCUUCACAACUCUCCGGAGAGCUGCCCUUAAUUUUGGGAAGGGUACCCUAGCCUUUGUGGUUUUGCCCACUUCCUGCAAGACAGCAGGCUCUGAUUUUGGUCCUCCCUGGGUAUUUGAUUUCCCCAGUACCUACCAUAUCUGGUGGGCAUUACCCUAUCCGCCACCUGGGGAGGCACUCCACACAAGACUCCCCAAGUUCAGGCCACAAAAAUUUCAAAAAACUUGAAUACACAUUUUUGCACACAUACUUUACACCUCACAUGUCAUGCAAUAGUAACUAAUAUCUGCAACUCUUUAUCGGGCUACAUGCACACCUUCCUUUAUUGGUGGCAUUGGUGCAACAUGAAAUUUGAUAAAUAAUUAUUCAAUACCAUAAAUAUUUCUUAUUACCUUCAAAUUAUUUCCAACUCAUAAUUUGAAAAAGUUCAUGCACAAAAUCAGCAAAAUCAACAAUUGCAUUGUUUCUUAUAACAUUUGACAGCCAAAAGAUAGGCAAACAUCUGUCACUUUAUGCAUACUUUGGUUUAUAAUGUUUAAAUAAUCUCCAGAUGCAUCUUAAAUAACUGAUUGAUUUUUACUAAGAAUCACUUAGAUUGCAUUUUAUUCAAUAUUCAUAGUCACCUAGUCAAAUUCUCAUUUAUUAUCAAAUAAUUUUUUUGUUAUAUGUAGGGAGAGGUCAAGCUACCAGUAAUCUUAGAGGAUGAUACCACACGAGAACUGCCUUCCUAUAUUGAUUUGUACAGACCACUGAGACAAGCUAUCUAUUCAGUACUGCUCAAUCUCAAUAAGCAAAAGAUAGUACAUGAGAUUCAAAAUAAAGAGAAGGGUAAGUUAUCUUUUUUAUAGUGCCACAUUGCCUUCCCCAUUAUAUUAUUGCCAUUCAACUAGACAAAAUAUCACUUUAUUUCAUUUAAACUCCAGUUAUCCUUUUAGCAAUGACUUGCAGACCUCCAUUUGGUUGAAUAUUUUAUUACUUAGAUUUGUCUUCUGCUUUUAAUUUAUAAUUAAUUAUUGGACAGUUCUUUAAACCUGAAAUUCUUUUUAAAAACAUACUUUCUUCUGGCAUUUCCAUCUUGUUUUUAUGUCCUGUGUAAUUUUGUUUUUUACACACUUGACCCUCUCGCUUGGUUGAUUCUUCUUCGUGCCGACCUGUACUGUAAGGUUGCAUCUGAGUUGAUGACACAGAGUUACUGCUCCUGAAUGCUUGCUCGAGGGAGGGUGUUGGAUUUUAUUGGGGUUGUGAGUGAUGGGGGAAAUUAAAAUUAACGGUAAUUAAAAAAAACAACCCUACCCCCUUGUUUACAAUAACCAUCUGCCCAAACUAGGAUUUUGGGAUGUGGAAGGGGGAAGGUUUUGGGGCAGGUCAUUUCUGUAUUUAGAUUUUGAUUAAUGGCCAGCAAGCAAUCGUUCAAUUGUUAUUUUGAGUUUUAUGCCAAAUUAUUAUUUUUAGUGUCAUGGCUGGGUAAAGAACUAAGUCACUAUACCAUGGAUUUUGUAAGCAUUCCGUUAUAAGAAAAAAAUAAAACUUUUUCUGUGGAUGAUAUAUAGAUACUAAAAAGGUGAAAUAAAAAAUGUUAAAAACUAGUUUGAAGACAAUUUAAGAUGCACUAAAAAAGUAGAAAAUAAUUUUCUUAAAAUUAAUUGCGCAAAGAUAGUCUGUGCAUGAAAUUGGAAUCCUUCAGCUUCAUAGAGUGCCUUCCUACCCAUCUGCACAUACUUGCUUUGUGUAAUGAAUUUUAAGAAUAUUAUUUUCUACUUUUUAGUGUGUCUUCCAAAGAAACUCUUUGUAUAAAGUUUGUUAUUAUUUUUUUAAAUGAACAUGAAAUGAUGAAAAAUGUUUCCGGACCUCUGAAGUUAUAACUAUUGAUGAGGUUUGAGUCCUGAUUUUGUUCAUUUCUAUUGCUCAUUUGACUAACUAAAUUUUAAAUGCUAAGUAAUAAAAAAAAAAUGGCUAUGAAGAAUAUCAUAAUACUUACAUGUUAUAUUUUAUGUUGCUUUCAUUAGUAGAAUCUAUAUUUUCAAGAAAUUUUAAUGACAAUAAAAUUGAAAAAAAUAGUUUCCUCACAUUUUAUAUUUCUGUUUUGAAGAAAGUUAAAGACAUUAACUCUUUGUCUCCGCAAUUAAUUUUCACGUUCGGAUGGAAUUAUUUAUUUUGCAUUUUUUGAACUACUCUUGUUGCUGUUCAUAAGUUGAAAUCGACAAGGACCAUCGAGUCAUCCGUUUAGGUGGGAGUGUGGGUUAUGGUGAGCUCAUAUGUGGCUUGCUAGUCCGAUCCAUGCUUGGAUUAAUCUCUGGCACUGCGGGCAGGGGAUAGUUGCUGCAGUUGGUAUCUGUUAUUGCUCUUUCGGGCUAGCCUGCGUGUCUCAGUUGUAGUUAUCCUACUGGCUUCAUGAGAUUGCACUACUAUGUUAUCUCUAAACCAUCAAGUUUGAUUUUCAUCAGAAAAUGUUAAGUUUGGUAUGGAAUGCAUGCUCUUUACAGACAAUACAGACUAAGGUUUAAAUUUUAUUAUAUAAAUGAGAUUAUGAUUUAUGGAAAAUAAAAAUUUUAAAUUAAAAAAAAAAAAUCAACAAAUGUUAUCAAAAGGCUUAUUCCAAGUCACACAAAGAGAAAUUUAUAAUUCAAAGUGUAAAAAAAAAAUUUUAUGACCUAUAUCCAGAAGUGCAUCACAAAUAAUAAAGAUCACGUUUUUAAAAAAGGAAACACCAGAGCACAUUAUCCAUUGUCACAGAAUAUAUCUGAAAAACACUAUUUCCACUGGAAACAAUCUGUUGCUAUUAGAAAAUAUUUGCACUGUAUCCUUGUGUGUAUUAGCAUUUAUUAUGGUAAAUGGAAAAUUUACCAUAAAUUUGUCAUAUCUUUUCAUCUGGAUUUAGCUAUGGCAAGCCCGAAAACUAUCCAUAUGGGUGAGAAUCACAUCCAGCAUAAAUGUAUACGGUACAGUUCGCCCUGUUCUACAAUGUUUGCACACUGUCCUUUUUGGAGCUAUUAGGCACAUUUUUUGCUCAGAUAGGUCUCUCAAUGGCACAGGGAUGUUCACAGCCUGGUCGGAAACUUCCAAAUUUUUCUUCCUGGAAUAAUGGUCGCAGCAUAUUCUGUUUAUUUGUCAGCAAGUUGUAUUUUGAAUUUCUGAGGGUUAUUUUUUAGAUUUUCUCUGAUCUCUUCUGGCCUUGUGUGCUUAUAAAAGGCUACAUUUUACACAUUUCUUGUAGCAUGCAGAGAAUUGUUCUCUGAAACAUUGUGACAUACCAAUGUAUGCAUCCCAUUAACCAAAAGUCACAAACAAAUGGACGAGAGUUCAUCCCCAUCAUUGUUGUUACUGCUAGAAAUUUGUUGGUCUCAUAACUAUUGACAGGUUGCCAGUCACUAAAAAUAGAUCUCUUGCAUGUUAGAGUGUUGACUUUAAUUCUAUAGGAAGCAUACUCAUUUAUUGAGAGUACAAGCUUGUGAAUAAUGUGUGUCUAGCAAAGUAAAAAAAACAGUCAAGGUUUACCAGCUCCAAAUUUACAUCUACAUUAUUCAAAAGUACAAAUCUGAAAUUGCACUCAGAUUUAGUGCUAAGAUCAGCAGAUUUCCUAUUAGAAUCUACAUUAUUUAUAGUAGAAACAGUAUUAGCUCUUCUAGAGGGCACUUUAAAACAGGUUUUAAUGCCUCUGUCCGAAAACCUCAUUUAAAAUCAACGAUGGGAGCGUUGAUCUGGAGAGAAAGUUAAUGCAAACUUCUCACCAGUUAAAAAAAAAAGUUUCAGUCACAUUUUAUUGACACAUAAUCAUGGUAAAAUUAGCCAGUUUUACAUUUAACCUGGUUAUUUUUAAAAUAGGCCUGUUAAAAAUUUAAUGUGUGCAUGACUCAAUUUCUUUUAUGUGCACAUUUAUCUUGAGAGGAAAGACCAGCAACUUGAAAGUAAAUUUGGUCACAGUUUAAGAUUUACACUCUUUCUGCAGUUAAUCUUCCACUACCUGAUUUCUCUGCACAAGUAAAGGAAUGGGUGGUCCGUCGAGGCUCUGGUCGGCCAACUUAUGAAGUUGUUACAGCUCGUCCUGUAGAGUGGAAAACACCUAGUGUACAACGUAUGUGGCUAGGUCAACAAGAUGGUGAUAAGGACCGCAGACUUCGUGCUUUUCUUACAAUCAUGAUGAGUGACACUAGUCUGAUGCUGAACACCAACUAUGUACCACAACAUCUUCUAGUCAUGUGUUCUGUGUUGAGGUUUUUAAAAUAACUUUUACUUUUAGUGAUUAAAAAGAAUUUUGUUAUCAAUUUCUUCUUCAAAAAUAUUCAAAAUGCCAAUAUUGAAUAUACUAACAAAAUAAUAAUUUGUGAGGAAAAUUAAGGCAAAAUGAGAGCAUGCGUGUCAUUAAUUGUUAAAUGAGUAAUAAAAUUUAGUAUUGGAUGAAGUAUUUUGACCUCCUGGCAUUCAUGUUUCCUUGUCUCUUAUAACAGGUAUAUGAUGCAAUAUGGUCGCAUUUUACAGAGACAAGAACUUGAUGCUUUCCUUGCAAUGGCAGUCUCUCCUCUGUUGCAUGAUGUUCAGACCAUGCAAGAUCUUAAAGUAACUUAAUUUUUAAUAUGUAAUUCCAAAGUAUAUAAAAAUAUUUUUAAAAGUUAUGUUAAUAUUUAUUUUAAUUUAUUUUUAAGAAGUUUGUUUAAACAUAAAUAAAAUGUGCUUGAUGCAGAAAUUUAGUUUUGAUUUUAAAAGUAUAGUAAUAGGAUUGAGUUAUUUCAGUAAAAUUAAAUUAAUCCUUACUAUAUUGAGUUGCUGCUAAUAAAAAAUAACCUAAAUAAGGCUUGGUAUUUAAUUGUAUUUCGCAAAAUUUUAUGUUUUUAUUUUCCCAUUCUCUUAAAGCUUCCUAACAUUAUUCCACGAGGCAGUCAGUUGGCUUCUUUGUUUAUGUCUGGUAUUGAAACAGCCACUAUGGCUAAUGACGUCUGUGGUGCUCCUAUACCCUGGACAAUGAUCUGCCCAUGGCUUUAUAUGGAUGGCAAGCUUUUCCAUUUCAAGCUUCUGAAAGCAAAUAACAACACCCCUCUUAUUGAUAUCUGUGAUGGUCAAGUAAGAUAAAUUUCUGAACAUGAUACUAAAUAUUAGAUAGUUAAGGCCAUAAGAAUUCUAAUUUUAUUUUAACAAGAAGUGAUGAUUGUUUCCGAAAACCUCUGAAAUAUAAACUGAUGAGGUUUGAGUCCUGAACUUGUAAAUUUGAGCAUGCUAUGUUUGUAUUUAACAUUUUUCUACUGUGGAUUUCUCAUCUCUCAAGAUGCCUCUAGAGUUAGCUUGUUUUUCUAUCCUGGAAUUUACAAAAUUAGACCUUCCAAAUAAAAAAAAAUAAGAAAAGAUUAUUUUAUUGAUACAAAUGGAAAAUUGUUUUAUUACAUUGUGCAGAUUCAUUUUCAGCACAUAAAAACGAAAAUAAAGCCUGCUGUAUGCUUCUGCACAAUUAAGUUUACUUUCAAGCUUAGAUUUUCAGAUUAGUGACUAGAUUUUCAAUGCUGUAUCAGUAGAGAUAUCAACAUAAUAUAGCACACCAUCAAGGUCAAUAUGGAAAAAAAAUCUAGUUCUACAAUUCUAUUAUGUUCAUGUUCACUCAAAUUUUUCCUGAUUGGUUUUUACAUUUUUCUUACUUCAUUUAAUGUUUCUUAUAAGCUUUGAUUCAACAAGAAAUAUUUUUUUUAAAACUAGCCCUUAUUUAAAACAUGAUUAGUCUAAAUGUGAGGCUUUAUUUUGAGAAAUGAAAGAUUUUCAAUGUUUCUCAACAGAUGGAGCAAGUGUUGAGAGUUGAACGCAUGAGACAGGCAAUCCUGGAAAAUCUGAGAGUUGAUUUUGCUAAGCCACUCUUGCCUGGGUUCUUCUAUCCUUAUCCUGGCCAGCCAUACGCAGGAAAUCCUCUGCCAUAUGGUCCUGCAGUGACUUCCAGAGGUCGUGGAGGUCCAAUGGCUGGGCUGGCAAGUCGCCAAGUGGGAAGGGGACGUGGGAUUCUAGGUAAUUACGGUAAUACAAUUUUCAUUACAUCUUGGUAUUGUACAUCAUGCAUGAUUAGAUGCUUUAACAGUUACUUUUAUUUCAUGUGCAUAUAUUAUUUUAUGAUCAGUAUGGUCCUCAGUUACAGAAUAAGAAGGAAAAAAGAUGUUUUUUUUGUAAAUCCUGUCAAAGUCUUUUAACAUGAUGGCAGUUAAGAUCAUACAUCACUAUUCAUUUAUAAAUAUAAAAUGUCGUUGCACAUGAAGAUGAUAAUGGCAAAGUUGGAAUUGAGUAGUAGCCUUAACUUAGCUUUAUUUUGUUUAAAAAAGUGAGGAGAAGAGUUGCUCAAUCCAUCAGCCUCUGUCCCUGCCUAUUUGAUCCAAUGGCAAACUUUUUAGUCAGGAUGCAGUUGCUGACCAGCAAGAUAUUAAUGUGUGUGCUUCAAUGUUCUCUUCACGCCUUCUACAUCAUAAGAGUUUUAGAAUUUUCAUUUUUUCCAUGUCAUAAGGCCUAUGGAACUCCAUCUCCGGGUUUGAUUUCAGAGUUUGCCUUCUCCUUGAUGAGUUGCCAUCGAAGGUUAACAAGUCCCAUCCACCCAGGGUGCUGAUGUUUUUCUUGUCAAUGUAUUUUCUGGGGAUUUAACUCCAGUCAACUAGCUUGAAAUUGACUCAGUUUAGACUGCUUGUGCACACAACACACAAUGAAUGGUUUAAACAAAGAAAUAUUUUAAAAAUAAGCUGAUAUGAAAAAGUGCUUUUUUGCUUUGUAACCUUGAAGUACCAGUAUUCAGACCUGCCAACCCUUCCGAUUUUUCGGAAUUAUACGGAUUUUUUACAGCUCAUUCCGACUUUCCGUCACACCCCUUAAAAUUCUGAUAUUUUUCACCCGUUAAAAAAAUCCGAAAGUCACCCAAAAAAAAUGUUGGGUACGACAAGAAGUGAUGCAUUUGUUUUUAUGAAGUGUCUACAAGUCCGGCGACCGGAUGAAUAAGGGAAUAAAUUUUCGAGAUAUUCGCCCGGUCACUAUAUAUUUGACCAAAUCACAUGACCAGUGUAAGAAAGUUGUGCGAGAAAUUAUGCGCGUGAUGCUUGUCUGUCAACUUCGUCAUAAUGAAUCAUUGGUUAAAAGUGACAAUGUUUUUUGUAAAGCGUGACAUGCCCGCCGGAUGAAUAUCUCCUACACUAUUUGUCCGAUCGCCUAACAUGUAGACACUGCCUUUAUCGAAGCAAACCGCGAUCUCCAAAUCAUUCUUCAAUCAUCGUCCGAUCGUGAUUCAUCCUUUUACAAGCCUAAAAAAUAAUUUCAGACUUCUUUUUUUUUUUUGUUUUUUUUUUUUUUUUUAAGCUUUCCUUAAUUAAAUUUUUGUUUUAAUAAAAAUACUGUAACCCAAAAAAACCAUACAAAUGCAAAUAAAAAUAAAAAUAAAUCUUUUUUUUUUUUGUUUUGUUUUUUUUGUUAAAGCUUUCCUUAAUUAAAUCUUGGUAUUAAUAAACAUACUGUAACCCAAAAAAACCAUACAACUGCAACUAAAAGUAAAAGUAAUCCAUGUCUUAUUAAAAGUUUCUUUGCUAAGGAAUCCGAUCGUUUUAAUGCCAGAGUCAAAGAAAUGUUUCCAGACUCGCAGAUUGGUAGAAGAUUGUGAAGAAAAAUUAUAAUGAAACGAGGGCAAGCAUAAACGUUCAUACUCUUUCUAACUUGCUACUUGUAACCAAAAUCAAUUGCAAUGCUAACCUUCAGUUCUCUAAAGAGCUGUUGGACUAGUGCAAAAAGGCCACUAGGGAUAUGCUGGAAGACUGAACUCUUAGCUGCCUGUGUUCAAUUGUAAAUAAAAUGAAUCUUCUUUCCUCUUUCCUGUACUGUAUAUAAACAUUUCCAGUAAUGUUUUUCUCAUGUUCUGUGGACUCUUCAAAGACAAUGGAAGUAACUUAAUAUUUCUUUAUUUACUUAAAAAAAGGCUUGUGCAUUAGUUUAUAGAUUUUAAAAGCAAUGCCGCCCCCGCGUGGCCCCCUGGGUGUUAGCGACCCUCCUUCCCCCCUGAAUGCAACCCCCUACAGAUUUUUUUUUCUUGGCAGGUCUGAGUAUUGUUAUUAAAAAAAUGUGCCCUUUAUAAUAAUUAUAUAAUAAUUUCAUUUAUUUUUUGUUCCUUCCCAAAGCUCUUGUUGAGCAACCUACAUCAAAUUCCACUAGAACGCGUCCUAAAACACUUACAGUGCCAAGAAGACUUCCGGGGGGUAUAAAUAAUGCUAACCCAUUAGAUCUUGACAUAAUUUUCACCUUUAAAUUUUCUUAAUCAUAUUAUUCUUGGCAGUUUGAAGAAAUUUAGUAAACUGACAAAAAAAUAAUUUUUUUUAAAAUUGUUUUUAAAUAUUAUUUUAAUGUUGUAUAAUUCUCUUUGCUCACCCAAAGAGCCAUGUUUUCACUGUAAUUUAAAAAUUAACUAAACAUUUGUAAAAUAAGUUGGUUAUAUUUUGUUCUAAUAUUAUUAUUUUUUGUUUAAACUCAUAGUAAGUGAGUUUACUGCAUUCUAAAACACCUUUCAGUACUGACAUAUUAUGUAACAUUUACACCACCAACAGUUCUGAUGAUAAAUUAUUAUAAAAAAAGGUAGAAAUUAUUUCUUGGAAAAUUAAAUCAAAUCGUUUUAGUACCUUUUCAAACCUUCAGUUAUUUUAAAAAUCUAUCUAAAACAUUUUUGUGUGAUUAUUUAUGUUUUUUUUCCCCCUAUAGACUUAAUAGAAUAUGGGAGGGCUUUUCAUAUUUUGGAAAUAAACUGCUACUGUUAAUCUUUUAAUCUUUGGAGAAAAUAUUCUUUCAUAGCAUUCACGUUUACCAUCUUCCUUUACAAAAGUACUGAAAGGCAGUAGCCAGGGUACCUUGGUGCUGUAACUAUUAAGAGCUAAUUCAAUGAUCCUUUAAAAAAAUUUCUGAGUCACAUUUUGAUCCCAUUUAUUUUUAUGACAUUUGUUAGUUUAAAUUCUCCUCUACCUGUUGACAUGAGGAGUAACAUUUCAAUGGCCUCAACAGCAUACAAAGAGACAUUAUUUAUAAAAAAAAAUACUGGAUAACAAGUUUUUGCAAUUAUAAUUAAUGUACCCGAUACCUUUAAUGGAAAAAAUAACUGUAUAGAAAAUUGGAACAAGUAUUUACCAUGUUAAAGUUAGUAUAUUAAUUUUAAAAAUAUACUUUUUAUUCUUGUUCUAAAAGUAUUAAGACAGAAUAUAAUACAUUUUACACAUUAUUGACUUUUUAUUUAAUAAAUUUAUUUUGAAAGUUGGACAUGCUUAUCUUUCAUUUAUAAAUUAUUUUUUAGGUUUAGUAAAAAGACUGAUUGGGGAAAAAAACAGCCAUACUUACAAUGUAUUCAAUCUUUUAUAGGAAGAUCACCUAUUGAGGCUCAAGGAGGACAGCUUGAAAUAGCUGGAGUAGUAGUUGGACAAUGGGGUCCAAACAUGUCAGGGCGUAGAGGUCGAGGUAGCCAGCUGCCUCCUCAAGUCAUGUCUGUUGGGCAGAGAGGAAGGUAUUGGCAUUAAGAAUAUUUUAAACAUAAAGUUAUUUAAUAUAAAAGGUUCCUAUUCCAUUGCCAUCAAAUGGCCACACCUGGACUUUGGUCUUUGUUAUUAAAAAUUAGUUAAAUUUUAUUUUAAAAAUUAGUUUGAUAUUCAGCUUUGAUAAUUUCAAGAAGCACUAUGAUAGCUCUUCAGUUUAUUGUUAUAUUUCCAUAGAGGACUGUACAAUGGCAGAGGUGGAUUUCUACCUCCCAGGGGAGGACUAAUUAGAGGUAGACUAGCAUCUCCUCUAUAUAGUAGCAGAGGAACCUACAGACCAGCAGUAAGUAGAGCUGUCUUAGAGAACAUAGUUAUAAACUCUUUCUUCAUAGCUCUGUUUACAAUUACAGUUAAAGAUUAUCACUUUUUUUUAUUGUCACGUUUUCCCUCUAAAUUUUUGUUUAGGUGCUAAAACAUAGGGUUCCCAGGCAGUCAUGGAAGUCAGGAAAUAGUUGGGAAGUCAUUAAAUAAUUUUCCCUGUUGUGAGAGAGAGAGAGCUGUGAAAAUGGUCAUUCUAGUAAGGAAAUUGUCCAGUAGUCUGGAAUUUUUUAUUUAAAAAAAAAAAAGAAAACAAUUGGAUUCCAUGAAGAAAUGGAUGCUAAUUGCUGACAUCUUUAUUUAUAUCAUUUGCUAAUAAAGAUAGUAUUUCUCUCAUAAAGCCUUGUUUUCUUUAAAUUAAUUUAACAAUUUUAUAAAUUUAAACCUCUAAAUUUCUGAUUGUAUUUUUAUAAGUGGCAUAAUUAAUACAAUGGAUGGUAUAAUUGCUUGAAAUUUUUAUAUAUUCUGUAAAAUGGAUACCAUUGUAUUGAUAGAUCUAACAAAGAUUUUAACUUAGGUCCAAUACUUAUUUUUUGCUUCUACCUGUUGGUGGUAUGUAUACAUUUUUGUCAAAAUUUAUUACGCAUCAAAACCUAAUAUUUUGGCCAUAAAUCAGUGCAAACAUUAACUGAUCAAAUAAUUGGUAUGAAAUAUUAGAUCUUCAAUGAAUCCAAUGAUAUAUAACAUGUUAUUAUCAUCAUUCUUCAUUGAACAACCAGCCCAAUUGUAAAGGUACCUAAUGAGGGAGGAACAAUAGCUCUAGUUGAACAGAUAGUUCUAGCUUGACACACAGCUAGCAUAAAUAAGUCAAUGUGAAGGCUUAAAUGACAGUAAUAGUACCACCAUUAUGACAUGGAAUUAUGGAAUUGACAUGGACAUAUUUAAAAAAUCAUAAAUUGGCCUGGAUAAUUUUUUGCAAAAUAAUUAUUUAUAAUUUCAAAUCAAAUCCACACUAAAUUUGUGUUAUUAGUUAGUAUAUAAGAAAUUUACCAGGGGAGUGAAGAAAGAAAACAAAUGUAAUAAUUUUUUUAAAAAUUUAAAAAUACAAGUAAUUGGCAAAAUAUAUUUAAUUAGCUGCUGACAUCUACAUUAUGGACCAUACUUUGAAAAAAAUAAAUUUUAUAUAGCUGACACCCUGACCUGACCCAUAUUUGACAAAAUAAGAGUGGGGGGGUUCCUUGAAAUUUUGACAGUUGUUGACAAAGGGAUGGGAGAGGUGAAAAUUUGCCCCAAGAAAGAUAAUUUACAUGAUUUUCUAUGAUAGACUAUCAGAUUAAGGAAACUUGAAGAGCCUAGAUAAAGUAACUCACGUGUUUAAAAUUUUAUUCACAGUACUAUACCAGAGGCCGAGGCUCACCAGCAAAACGCCCAGUUCGAAUCGUUGCUAGACCAGGAAGGGGAAGAACUGUGAAGUCAUCAUCCAAAGGACGAGGUGUAACUGUUGAUGUUUCCUCUACGUAAGUUCUAUAUCUUUAUAAAAGAAAUACCUUUGCAGAUUAAACUACGUUAGAAUGGGCUUAAGAGUAAAUACUACAUAACUUGCUACCAUUGUUACAUUUGACAUGUGCAUGAAAUUUUUUUUUUUAUUAUUCACUUUGUUAUGAAAUUAAUUUCAAAAUACUUUUUUGCUAGAGGUUUAUAAAUAAUAAUAUUGAUUAAAGUUGUAUGUUUCGGACCCUUUACAAUUAUUUAAACACAUUAUUUUCUCAUUAAACAUACUUUUUCAAUAAUUUUUUCUUUGUCAUAGGAUGAGGUCAAAAAACAAUGAGCAGGAUUUUGAUGAAGUUGAUGAGGAAAUAAAUGGAGGAUACAGUGGGGCUUCAGAUGAGGAAGAUGAAAAUGGCACAGCUACAGUCAGUAUCAAAGGUUAAAAUGUUCUGUUUAAAAGAAAUAUUGGUCAGAUUUGUACAUUUAUACUUUGUCAAUAAUGAUGGAUUAUUAUUAGGCAGGGAUAUUUUUUAAUUAUAAAAAUCAGUCAUUUGUUUUGCUUUUUUUACAUAUAGUAUCAAGAAAAUUUUCAGUAUCCCUAAAAAAUAAUAUCAAACUGUUUGGAUAUUUGAAUAAUUUCAACAAAAAUAUGUGGUUCUUUUUUUCUCAUAUUCAAGUUAAAUUGCCUAAUAACUGGGUAGGGCAUUAUUCAAUUUAAUUUAGAUGUACAUGUCAUUAGAAUUUGAUAAAUUUAAAUGUUAAGGUACAUGUGCGUGUAUGAAAAGCUGAGAGAAUUGAAAUAAUCCCAUUGAGUUAAAUGAAAAUUGAAAUGUUUUUUAAAUUUUUUUUUGUACAUUUUGUAUUUAAAAAUAAUGUAUGGAAAAUAUUUAAACAUGUACAAAAUAAAUGGAAAAAAAUUGUAAAAAAAAAAACUUUUGUUACAAAUAGUUUCAUGUACAAAUGUGUCAUUAAUAUUCUCUGUCAAUUGGCCAAAACAGAUAUUAUCCAUUGUUGUGAUUUAACCUCUUAGCUGAGUUUAUAGUCAACACCAUGAUUAUUACUGAUUUUUUUAGGUUAUUAUUAUAUAUAUAUUUUUUUAAAUUGCAAAAUAUUUAUUUAAUUUUUGUUUAGCUAAGAAACAUCACUGAAGCAUAUUUUUUUUUCUUUCAGCUUUGUGAAAAGUUGCAUUUCUUUAAAUUUUCAUACUAAGGAGUGAAAAAUCAAUUAUAAGAGUUACAUUAAUUUGCAGGCAUUGAGGUGUUAAAAUGCUUGGCUUUCAUAUAAAAAAACAUUGUUUUCAGUAUUUAAAUGAUAAAUAUGAUGUAUGUUUGUAAUAUAUUGCCAUCAUGUUUUAAUAUUUCUUUGCUUAUAUGAUUCAAUAUUCUCACCAGAUCCAUAUUAUUAAUACUUUAUUUUCUUCACUCAAUGGGAUUCUAUCAAUCCAUUGUUAGUUUCAUGUUAUUCUUUUAAAAAAUGUUG